AUACCCUUCGAUUCAAGCCUUAUAAUCCAUGGCUGUCCUGUGGUGCUCUGUUCCGAAGCGUGUCCGUCGUCGCCGCCGAAAACCAUGAACACUGUCACAUUGCUCGUCGCUCACUUACUAUGGCUUUCCGCCUUUGCGCAAGAUACCGACCGCGAUAACACCACAGAGCCCCUCUCGACAUAUGUUUCGAGACCAGACCUCAAAGCUCCGGCGCUCAAUGUGACCGUUCAAGAUAGUUACGACACCGGUUACAUCUUUAUUUGCCCCUAUAGAGCCACGCAGACCGGACCGUAUAUUUUCGACAAAGCCGGAAAUCUAGUUUGGUCAGGAUACAAUGUUACCGAGCAAAAUGAAGAAGCCCAAAUCAACACUCAUGAACUGCGCAUCUGUGCCUAUCAAGGCUCAGAUCAUUUGUGCAUGUGGAAGGGCACACAACCAUCCGGCCACGGACUAGGCCACAGUAUCAUUCUAAACUCCAGCUACGACGUCGUCCAAACCUUCGGAACAGGAAACAACGCCCCCCUGAACGACUUCCACGAAUCGUGGGUUAUUGGCGACGGCGAGACGGCACUACUCACCGCAUACAAUCCAAUCCAAUACGACCUGGCCGCCUACGACAUUAAUUCCAAUCCGCAAUGGCUGACCGAGGGCAUGUUCCAAGAGGUCGACGUCUCCUCCGGCGAAGUCAUCUUCGAAUGGCAUUCCAGCGAUCACGUGGACCUUUCCGCCAGCUACGUUCUCCCGGGAGAAAGCGAGGUUUCCGGGAAUGGAACGAGCGCAACAUCGGGCUGGGACUACUUCCACAUCAACUCCAUCGCCAAAAGCUCGACUGGGGACUACCUCAUCUCUGCUCGGCACACAUCAGCCCUCUACUACAUCAACGCAUCUGAUGGCUCCAUACUAUGGGAAUUGAGCUACGGUAGCCCAAACAGCACGUUCAGUUUCACCACCCAAUUCAACUUCACGUUCCAACACCAUGCGCGCUUCCUAUCCGAAAACGACACCCGUACUAUUAUUUCUCUCUUCGACAACGCGAGCAACGAUUUCAACGAGACGGCCACACAGUCGUCCGGCAUGGUCAUCUCGCUAGACCUGGAGGCCAAAACAGCGACACUGAUCGAUAGGACGUACGCGCCUAUUCCCGGUGGCAUCCUCGCCGGUUCGCAGGGAAAUUACCAGGUCCUAGACAACGGCGGCACGUUCAUAGGAUGGGGCUCCGUCCCCGCCGUCUCCGAAACAAAUGCUGCUGGCGACCCCGUUUUGUACGCCACAUUCGGCUCCUACGUGUACAACUACCGCGCCUACACAUACAACUGGACCGGCCGCCCAUCGGAUAACCCGGCCCUCGUCACGCCCGCGCAACCCGAGAACGCAACAAAUCCACUCCUUGCCUACUUCUCGUGGAACGGAGCGACAGAAGUAACCCAAUGGCGUCUCUGGGGCAGCGUGAACAACGAAACAGGAUUCCAAGAGCUCGACAUCGUGGAUAAGCAGGGCUUCGAAACGAGCUGGUCGAGCGGGAACUACACGCCGUUUAUCUUCGUGGAGGCGCUUAGCAGCGAGCAGGAGAGUCUGGGGAAUUCGAGUACGGUGGGCGUGGGCCGGAGAGCAGGGAAUGGGACGGUCGUCAUGCCGACGAGUGUGCCGCUGAACGAUACGAUUAGUCCGAGCUCGACCGCGAGUUCGUCUUCAAGCCCGACGGGGGCGUCGGGGACAGGGGCUGCGCAGCCGAGUCAGACUGGUGCUGCGGUGCUGGUAGAGGGAGAUGCUGGGUACGCUGUGUACACGGGGUUGGUGCUGGGAGGGAUUGCGAUGGUGUUUGCGAUGUUGUAACGAGGAAAGGAGGAUGUGGUAAUGUUGUCAUGAAUGACGAAUAUAAAUACGACUUGAGUAUCAGACUCUUUGGCUAUGACCUGGGAGCGUCUUUGGGCAGCUCAAAGAUAGAAUCUUCAUCGCCCGCGGCCGGUGGAGUGUCUAGAAGGCCGCGCGGGCUCGCUACGUUCGGUGAAAGUCAUGGGAGGAGUGUCUAACGGAAAUUAGAAGAUUGCAUCCGCAGGCUACGAUGGAAUGGUCAAAUU